AUGCAGAAGGGUAAUCUAAAUACUGGUGAACAGCAGUCUUCUGCUGAAUUCUUCGCACAUGAUGGGAUUUUUUCACUCGAUUCAGCUCAGUGGUUCAGAGUAGUGAAUUCCUUGACGAAUCUACAAGUUUGUAACAAUUAUCUGGUUGGUGCUACUUCAAAAAACACCUUAAUAAGAACGUCCACUGUUCCUCCUUACAAUAUAUCUGAAAUUGAAAUUAGCCGCCUUUCAGAUGACCGAGUCCAUAAUAUUUUUCUGGAUCCUAUGGGUUGGCAUACUGUAAUAAGUAUGCAGUCUGGCACAAAUUUUUACAUCAACAAAGGUAUGAAAAAGGUUCGCCCUUUAAACAAGACAAAAGAUCAUUUGUUUGACUCUAUAGCUUGGAAUCAUCAUAAUGUAAAUGAAUUAUCUACACAAGAAAUUUUAAUCGGUACAAAUGAUGGACUAAUAUUUGAAACAAUGCUUAUGUUUAAUGAAGAUAGCUUUUUUAGUUCGGGAACUAUUGAACAGUAUUGGAUCCAGAUGAUUAAUUUAGGACAUAGUGUAACAGGUGUAGAAGUGAUUCGCUUUCCUAUUGGUUCGCCUAAUGUACUAGUUGGUGAACCGCAACGAUGUGUGGUCUUUGCUACAACACCUUGUCGUAUGUAUCAAUUCGCUGGAUGGAUAAAUACUAACAGUUCAACAACCGGUUCAAUUUUAUCUCAUCUAGCAGCAAAUACUGCUACAUCCGGUAUAUCCAAUGCAAUAAAUGCUUAUACUGGAGGUCAUAGGUCUAGUUUAGUGAAUGAAUAUAAUCAACAAGAAUCUGUUGGGAUACAAAAUACAACUAUAUUUCCCAUUAUCACUGGAUUAUUCUCUAGUGUAUUCAACUCAGAUGACAAACUACCUGUUGGAUCCAAAGUUACUGAAUUUCCCGGAAGUUUUGGAUAUAGUGAUUUAAAACUUUAUCGUAAUGUAAAAGAUGAACUCCCUAGUAAAUUUGCUUGGAUGACAGGUCCAGGUGUUUACUUCGGUUACAUAAGAACAGAACAAUUAAGUAUGCCUCCAUUUACAAAACUUUCAACAAAUGAUCAACCAAUUGAUGUAAAAUCAUUUCCAAAUGAAGUUGUUUCUCUUCUACCUACUGCCACUGAUAAUACAGAUGAUCCAAAUCGACCGAAAGAUAUAUUCUCUGGUCGUGGUGUUAAUUUAACGCGAAAUACAAAACUUAUCCCGUAUCCAAUUAUUCAUAUGCUUGAACGACCUGGUGUACCAUUAGGCAUUUGUUUGACAGAAUUUCAUCUUAUCAUUAUCUAUGUGGAUCGCAUUAAAGCUGUGAAUACUUUAGAUGGUCGAGCAGUUUAUUCAAUGCCGUUAAAUAAUAUCAUUGGCUGUGAACGGGCUUUAGGUAUAUCGCGUGACUCAUUAUCUAAUCAUAUUUGGAUAUUCAGCAAUAAUCAUUUGGCUCGAUUAAAUAUGAGGAAUGAAUUAUGUAGAAUAUGGCAAAUCUAUUUGGAUCGUCUACAGUUUGAUGAAGCGCGCCAAUUUUGUCAGUCGUUUAUCUCUUUUUCUCUUCUCAUUAAUAGUUAUGGACUUGCAGCUAAAUUAUUUGCUCGUAGUUCUAUACCAUUUGAACAAAUUGCAUUACGUUUUUUUCGUUUAUCAUCAUCAUCAUCAACAACAACACAUACAAUAGAUCCUUCAUCAACCAUUAUACCAUCUACAUUAAUUCAACAAGGUUAUGAAAUUAAUGAUGAUCAUGAUAUUAUGGAAGCAUUAAUUAUUCAAUCAAAACAACAACAUCCAAUCAAUGACAAACUAACAGGACUAAUUGAUUCAUCUAUAAAACAAUGUAAAUCAUUCAUAACAUCAAUCCAUUCAUAUAGUAGUACAUUGACACCAUUGAAAAUAUUUUUAUCAUCAAAAUUAGAUUAUUUAAUAGAACAGAAUAAUCAAAUAAUAAGUAAUAUCAAUAAACAAUCAGUAGUAAAUUUAUCAGGUCAAAUAAUUUUAUUAGCAAUUUGGUUAAUAGAAUUAUUAAUAACUGAAUUAAGUGUGAUACGUGAUCGUCUUAAAAUGAUAACAAAAUUGGAUCAUGAUAAUGAUGAUCUUGAUCAAAUAGUUAAUGAUAAUGAUCAAAAUAACAAGAUGAUUAGUGAUGGAAAUAUUACCGUUAACAAUAAUGAUAAUUGUGAUGAUAAAGUUAAAUUAACAUUACAAAAUCGUCUAGCUUCUGUACAACGUGAAUUUCGUACAAUCAUAGUAUUACCGGAAGUAUUGAAUUUUUUACCAGAAGCAAAAUCUUUGAUAUACGAUUUAUUAGAAAAUCAUGGUGAAAAUGAUGAACUUGUUUAUUUUAUGGAAUUAAUGAAAGAUUAUCCUCGUUUAGUGGAUCAUUAUAUGCGUCAAUGUAUGUACAGUGAUGCCUUAAAAAUAUUAGCCACCUAUCCAAACUGUUUAAAUCGAUUAUAUGAUCAUGCAUCAUGCUUAGCUAGUAAAUGUCCAGAGGAAUUUGUCAAUGUAUGUCUUCGUUUAAACAGUAAAUUGGAUACUAAUCGACUUCUACCUUCAAUUAUGUUGUUACCAAAUAAUUAUGCAAUAAAUUACUUAGAAGAUACUAUUGGAAUAUAUACUAAUAAAAGUAUAUCAAAUCAAGCUGUACAUCAUAUGCUUAUUUCAUUAUAUGCUAAUGAAUAUCAUUUAAAUCAUAAUGAUGAUAGAUUAAUGAAAUAUUUAGAAAAAUUUAUGUUACCCUAUGAUCCUGGUUAUGUGCUUCGUUUAUGCAAAGAAGUUGAUCAUUUAAAAGGUGUACUUUAUAUACUACAAUUAUUGGAUAUGCAUCAAGAAGCUUUACAAUUAGCCAUUGAAUUGAAUAAUAUUCCAUUCGCUAAAGAAAUUGCUCAAAGUGAAUUCUUGAAUUCUAAUGUACGUCGUCAAUUAUGGAUUCAGUUAGCACAACAUAUUAUUAGUACUGAUGGAAGUAUGCAAGAAGCUAUCAAUUUAUUACGAGAUUGUCCUCUAUUGAAAUUAGAGGAUAUUCUUCCAUAUUUUCAUCAAUUUGUUACUAUUGAUCAGUUUAAAGACGUGAUCUGUUCAUCACUGGAUUCGUAUAAUGAACGGAUUGAUAAUGUGAAAAACGAAAUACAAAGUACGAUGAAAACUAUUGAUGAAUUACGUACACAGUCGAAUAAUCUACGAUAUAGAUAUGAAAUUAUAGAGAAUGAUUCACGUUGUACUCAUUGCAAUCACCUAUUAACUUUACGUGCAUUUUAUGUAUUUCCUUGUGGUCAUAAUUUUCACAUAAGUUGUCUCACUGAAUUGGUGAAACCAUAUUUAUCAGCAGAGGAGAAAUUACAAUUGUCAAAAGUUGUCGAAUCUCAAAAUCUUGGAAAUAAUCCAUCUGUAACUAAUGUUGAAGAUCUAUUUGAUGAAAUCAUUGCUAAUGAUUGUGCUCUAUGCGGUCAUGUAGCCAUUGAAAAUUUAUCUAAAUUAUAUUAUGAAAAUCAAAUGGAUUAUGAUAAUGAAUUAUCAAUUUGGCAAUAG